AUGCGCAGUACGGCCCGGCGGGGGCUGAGGCCGGCUAUGGAAGCGGUGGCGGCGCCGCGCGUCCCCGUGCGGGAACGGGACCCGGACCCCCACGGGGCCCCCCACGGGGCCCCCCACGGAGCCCCCCACGGGACCCCCCACGAGGCCCCCCACGAGGCCCCCCACGAGGCCCCCCACGGGGCCCACAAUGGGGACUCUGGGACCCCGCAGCCGCGGAUUUGGGGCUCCGCGAGGUCGACUCUCCGCCCGGCGGCGGCGGCGGCGCCUCCCUGCGCCAUGGAGCGGGAAUUCCGCGCGAUCGACGUGACGGGCGAGUGGAGCCGCGUCUACCAGGAGCUGCGCGAGGAGUCUGCCGCCUAUCCCUACAGGGCCGCCAAGCGGCCCGAGAACAGCCGGCGCAACCGCUAUCGUGACGUCAGCCCCUUUGACCACAGCCGCGUGCAACUGCAGAGUGGAGAUGGCGACUACAUCAACGCCAGCCUGGUGCAGGUGCCACAAGCUCAACGCAGCUACAUUCUGGCGCAGGCCCCGCUGCCCAACACGUGCGGACACUUCUGGCAGAUGGUGUGGGAGCAGAAUUCUCGCGCCAUCGUGAUGCUGAACCGCACGGUAGAGAAUAACGUGAAAAAGUGUGAGCAGUACUGGCCCAAGCGGAGGGACGCGCCCAAGAGCUUCCGCGACUCCCCGGUCGUCACGCUGCUGGGCGAGGAGCGCACGCCCUUCUUCACCGUCCGCGAGCUCCAGCUACACUUCCUGCCGACCAAAGAGACUCGGACGGUUCUGCACUUCCACUACACCAAGUGGCCCGACUUUGGAGUCCCAGAAUCCCCCACGCACUUCCUCGACUUCCUCUUCCGGGUCAGGGCCUCGGCGUCGCUGUCGCCGGAGCUCGGGCCGCUGGUCGUGCACUGCAGCGCCGGGAUCGGCCGCUCGGGGACGUUCUGCCUGGUGGACACGUGUCUGGCGCUGGUGGAGGGCACGCGCGAGGGUCUCGUCCCCCCGGAUGUGCGCCAGGUGCUGCUGCAGAUGCGGCACGCGCGCAUGGGGCUCAUCCAGACGCCCGAGCAGCUCCGCUUCUCCUAUCUGGCCAUCCUGGAGGGCGCGCGUGCCGCCCUGCCAUCAGCAGCGGCGGUUCUGCCUGAGGAGGAGGAGUGUGGAGCUGAGGGAGCGGAGGGAGAACGGUUGGGAGAGCAGGCGCUGGCAACCGUGGCUGUGCGAGGCAGCGACGGCGAGGCCGGUGGCACCACGGGGGAAGCCGACCAUGCCGGGGUCACGUGGUGGUCACAUGGUGCGGUGGAGAGGGCGGCCCCAAGGGAGGAUGAUGAACGGCAAAGAGACGACGCGAGUGACGCGGAGAGCAAGAGCCUCAAGCGGAAGUCGGAUUCUCCUCCUCUGCAGCUUCCGGACGACGAUGGAGGAGAGAGCAGUUGUAAGAGGUUGCGGCCCUAGCCCUCGCUACGUCGGCCGGCACUCGGCCCAUGACAACGGCGGGCGGUGGCAUGCGCGCCACGCAACGAAAUUACCGUGGCGGCGGUGGCGGCGGUGGCGGCGAUGGUGGCGGCGGCAGCGGCUUGGCCCGGGGCACCAUCACAGGCGUGAAGCGCCACCACGAGCGCGACGCGCCGCGAGGACAGGCGGCUUCCAGGGAACCUUGAGCUGGCGAAGUGAAGGGAGAUUUUUCUGUUUUUGUCAAAGAGCUUCUGCAGCAAUGGUGUGGGGUCUGCAGAAGCCUCCAGGUUCCACUGCCUCCAUCUCCUCCUCCUUUGCUUUCUCCUCCUCCUGCUGCGGCUACCGCUGCUGCGGCUGUCUUGACGCGGCCACAAGUCUCAAGAGCGGGGCAAUGUGAAUGCUCCACGUGUGUUUUUGUUAAUGAUUGACAGCUUGCCCGGACAGGCAGACUAAGAGAGGGCACCACUAGAGUCGGACUUCUGCCUCUGAUGGGCGCGGGAUGGAAGAGGGGGUGGACCGGAGCUGUGUCGAGGUGCGGCGAUGCGGUGUUCCCAAGACUGCCGUGUUUUGUACUCGUGUUAUUUUUCUAUCGGCCUCAGGUUUUGUCACCACGCUCGUUAGCGGUAAUGAAUUGGCUAGUGGCGGGGUCCUGGCUGGGGAGUCGGGCCCCGCCCUCGCUCGGGGGCAAGGAGGGACCGGGGUGCGGAAGGGUAUUUAUCCCCCGGUGAGGAAAGUGAAGUCGCCUGUGAAGGGCGGCGUGUGUGGGGAAUCUUGGAAUGUGUUGCGAGUGCUUGUUUGCAUGUCAACCUUGGUAGCGGUGGUGCGAACGGCGUGGUGAGUGUAGCGAGCGCUAUUGCAAAGCACUGGUAUUGUGAUGUCACAAGUCAUGUGACUCGUGCCAAGUCAGCCCGUGGUGUCGGCGGCUGCUAGCCUCGUGAUCUCUCAUCGCCAACCGCUGCCACGACCCGGCGUCUCCAGUCGACUCGGUGCACUGCCGAUGUGCUCAUGAGCCACAACUUUGAGCCACAUCCACAAGCCAUGGCAGAGGUGGCUAUACCUGAUGAUGAUGAUGCAUAAAUGGAAAGUUAACUCUGGGCAGUGUGCGGCAACUGUGGUCACCACCCAGCACAGGACCCAUGGGGUGUGUAACGCCGAUUCAUCACAGUCGCGGUUCACCACUCUGCUCCUCUUGAUGCAAUUAUCUGGCUCGACUACCUCGGUGUAAAAUUCCAGCUCUUGCACGACAUCAUCAUCAGCCAUACGAAAUGAUAAGAUUUCCUGUUAUAAAUCACAACCGUCAUUUGGCACGAAGUGGCGGUGUCAUCACCACUUUAAAUCACUCACACUUGUACACAAGCCCAGCCUUGGAUCAGGCUUAAAAGACCCGCGUGUGGCUAUCUGGUGGUUUUUGCACCGUGUUGGUCUGCACGCGACUCCUGCUGCACGUAAAGUUGCCCAGCAAACGGCAGUGCCGGUUGUAGAGGGAUUGCAAACGCUUGCGUCAGGUUUGAGCGCCCUGCUGGUGCGAGCGGUAUUGGUGGUGCGAGUGCUCUGACGACGGCGUGGCUGUUGGUGUGAGUGUAGUUGGUGGUCUCAGUGUUUUGAUGGUAUAAAUGGUGUGGAUGUCAUGAUUGCGUGCGUUGUUUUUGCGGUUUGAGAGUUGGUUGUGGUGGUGUGACUUGGUUCUCCUGGUGUUGCCAGCGCAGGACCUUUCCCGGUUCCAGCCUCUUGGUGGAAAUGUGGAUGAUGCUUGCGAAAUAAAGAAACAUUCCAACAACA